CCCGGCUCAACGUGUUCUUCAUUCCGAAGGAAAGGGACGAUCCAGGAUGGGUGGUCUGUUGCGCUGUGCAGUUAUAGGAGGUGCUGUCAUGGUUUAUUCCGUGCCCUUGAUUCUGGGAGCAGUGGGCUUCAAAGGGGCGGGCAUCGCAGCCGGCUCCAUCGCCUCCAGGAUGAUGUCCACAGCUGCCGUGGCCAACGGUGGGGGCAUCGUGGCGGGCAGGCUGGUAGCCAUUCUAAAAUCUGUGGGGGCAGUCGGCCUGUCAUCCAGUGUCUCCAAGGCCUUGGGGAUGGCCGGCGCCACCAUCGGGGCGACCCUGCCCCUGAAGCUCAUCGCAUGGCCCCGAUGCCAGGGCCUGCUCUAAGGUGGCCGGGGGGGCUCACGUCACUGAGACACACGGACAUCGCCCUGGAUCAUCCCAGAAAAAUAAAGGAGCAUCCCUCGUGU